AUGCCUGAGAUCACAAUCACCGGCUGGUCGACGCGCGAUGUGCGCUUUCCCACGUCGCUCGACAAGACGGGCUCCGACGCCAUGAACGCCGCCGGCGACUACUCGUCCGCCUACUGCAUCCUCGAGACCGACGACCCGGCCUUCCAGGGCCACGGCAUGACGUUCACCAUUGGCCGUGGCAACGACAUAGUGUGCGCCGCCAUCAACCACGUGGCCGACCGUGUCCGCGGGCGCACGCUGUCGUCGCUGGUCGCCGACUGGGGCGCCACCUGGCGCCAUCUGGUCAACGACAGCCAGCUGCGCUGGAUCGGCCCCGAAAAAGGGGUCAUCCACCUGGCGCUGGGCGCCGUGGUCAACGCCAUCUGGGACCUGUGGGCCAAGGUGCUGGGCAAGCCGGUGUGGCGCAUCGUGGCGGAGAUGUCGCCCGCGGAGUUUGUGCGGUGCAUUGACUUCCGGUACAUUACGGACGCGCUGACGCCGGCCGAGGCGCUGGCGAUGCUGCAGGCGGGCGAGGUCGGCAAGGCCGAGCGCAUGCGCGACGCUGAGCGGAACCGCGCGGUCCCCGCGUACACGACGUCGGCGGGCUGGCUCGGGUACGGCGAGGACAAGAUGGAGGCGCUGCUGCGUGACACGCUGAGCAAGGGGUACAAGCACUUCAAGCUCAAGGUCGGCGGCGACCUGGCGCGCGACCGGCUGCGGCUGUCGAUUGCCCGCAAGGUCAUCGGCUACGACAAGGGCAACGUGCUCAUGGUCGACGCGAACCAGGUGUGGUCGGUGCCCGAGGCCGUCGAGUACAUGACGGCGCUCCAGGAGUUCCGGCCGUGGUUCAUCGAGGAGCCCACGUCGCCCGACGACGUGCUGGGCCACAAGGCGGUGCGCGACGCCCUCCGCCCCUUUGGCAUUGGCGUCGCCACGGGCGAGAUGUGCCAGAACCGCGUCGUGUUCAAGCAGCUGCUGGCCGCGGGCGCCAUUGACGUGUGCCAGAUUGAUGCGUGCCGGAUGGGCGGCGUCAACGAGGUGUUGGCCGUGCUGCUGAUGGCCAAGAAGUUCAACGUGCCGAUCGUGCCGCACUCGGGCGGUGUCGGCCUGCCCGAGUACACGCAGCACCUGAGCACCAUCGACUACGUCGCUGUGAGCGGCAAGCUGUCGGUGCUCGAGUACGUGGACCACCUGCACGAGCACUUCAAGCACCCUGCGGUGAUCAAGGACGGCUACUACACGACGCCCACCGAGCCCGGGUACAGCGUGGAGAUGAAGGCAGCCAGCAUGGACGCGUACGAGUUCCCCGGCAAGCCAGGUGUGAGCUGGUGGCAGUCGGAGGAGGCGAAGCCGAUUCUUGAUGGCAUCAAGAUCUAA